UUCGAAAGAAACAUUUUUUUGGUGCGACGGGCCGAAGGAUACAAUUUUCUGGAGAAUGGAAAAUGAAAAUGUGAAGCUAAUUGUGCACAGUAGUUUCUAUUCCAUGAGCUGGUGAUUUCUUCUCCAUCGCCGUUUUCCUCUGAACUCGUCUUAGAGGUGCUGUUUCGAGCUUCAAUGGAUCCAUACCAAGAAGACCGUCUCAGGGAAGAAGUGAUCUACCUCCACUCUCUCUGGCAUCAAGGCCCACCAAGACCCCAAAACCCUAUCGCGUACCAGACUUCCCUUCGACCCAUAAAUCCUACCCAAUUCAAGAGAAGGGGGAACCCACCUCCAGCGAGACGCGGCAAAUUCGAGACUGAAUCUUCAGAUUCCGGCAUUGAAUGGCCCUGCAAGCUCAAAACAGAUAAGCCGCCGGAAACUGAUGCUGGUUGGCCCAAGCUAUUGGUCCCGUCAAGUUCUGAGCGCCGCUCGUUAACAACCGAAGAGCAGGCCCAAUUGGCCUCCAAUCAGGCACAAAAAGCUGCGUUGAAGGCUGUUUGUGAUUUCCUCUGCAAUGAAGACAGCUCUGAUGACGAAGAAGCAGAGGAUGAAUACAUAGAUGAUGUUCAGGAAGGAGACAUUGAUAAUACAGCAAAGGGAGAAGUGCGCGGAAGCUUAGAUUUUUUUGUGAAAUUGUUUGAGAAUGAUGGUGCUUUGAGGGAAUACUACGAGAAGAACUAUGCGGGUGGGGAAUUCAGCUGCCUAGUGUGUUUUGCGGCCGGGAAGAGAAGUGUGAAGAAGUACAAGGACGGUCUGGCUUUAGUCCAACAUUCUAUUUCUGUAACCAAGACCAAGCGUAGGCAGGCUCAUCGUGCAUUUGGGCAGUCAGUUUGUAAGAUUCUAGGAUGGGACAUCAAUCGUUUGCCACCUAGUAUUGCUUCAUCACAACUAGAAAAUAAACUAGGUCUUUCUUCCGAUAGCCCUGUUGAGGGUCAGCAUAAUGAUAAUGCAGAGCCUGUCUCUAACAAUAGAGGUGAUGGUGGUGGUGAACACAUAAUUAAUGAAAACUUAGAAUCUAAUGAUGGUGGAUCUUCACUGCUUGAGGGUAGCAUUGACGACUGUCUUAGAGACGACUUCAAUCUCCAAGAAUUUAUUAUGGACAUUGUGUAUGGUAGUAAUGGGGAAGUAUCCCCUCAAAACAAGUCCCUUAACAGUGACAACCCACAAGAUAACACUGAUAGCAGAUCUCCAUUUUUAGUGGUACAAAGUUUAGGAGUACAUGCUUAGGAGUAAAUGCAAAAGUUAGCUCAAUUAAACAAGGAAUGGUGGAUAAGAAAGGACUAGAUAAUAUCCAAUUAAUCUAAGGAAGGGAAAGAAUUAAGAGAUAGCAGUGGAUGCAGCUACGGUUGCUGGAUAGGCUGGUGGAAGCCUGGAAGGGUGUGAUGGAGCCACAAAGGAAUCUGAAAAGGAGGAGGAGGCUGGUGUGCAUAAAAAUGAUUAGGAUGAUGCGGUUUCAAACCUGAAUAUAUGCUGCGAUCGUCCUAGCGGGAUCAGAAGCAUCUGCCUUACUGGGUAGAAUGCCUUCUGCUGUAAUCUUAACCUGAAUAUGCUGCAAUAUUACUUGACACUUGUCAGACCUCUGUUUAGCAAGAGUGUAAUCUUAGACUUCUCAUCUAGUUACAUGUUCAUUGUUGACAAAGUAGAAGAAUCCUUACCCACAAUUUUGUUAUGAAUUGUUAAUAAAGUAGAAGAAUCCCU